UUCUACAACUAGAAGAAGUCGCUCAACGAGACGAAGUCGACCACUGACGGUAUGUCUAACGAGAGAAAACUACACAGAGAUAAACCGAGCGACUCGACGCGAAAAGAGACGCCGGACGAGCUACCGACAGCUCGACAGGCGACCGACAGCAAACGCCGACGCUUUCGUAUGAGCAAGAAAUUUCGCUCCAGACUGCUCGCGACCGGCAUUCCAGACGUACUGCCCGUGACGUGCGGCGAUGCGCGAGGCGAGCUUCAUGUGAAGAAGAUAGGCUCUGGAAGUCGCAGCCCUUGCGUUUGCUCCGAUGGCGUGUGGCUGACGCCAAAUCAGUUCGAGAACGAGGGCGGGCACUGCUUUACGAAGUGCUGGAAGCGAACCAUUCAGCACGGUAGGACACCGCUGAAUACGUACAUAAAGCUCGGCCUCAUCAAGCUGCAUCGACAGUAUUGCAAUUGUGAACUCUGCAGCAGUCCGAUUGUCGACACAGGCCGGAACUCGAUCACGAAGCUUAAGAAACCAAGAAAGAAGAGGAAGAAGAGGAACAGCAAAUUUAAUGACAGAAACGAUGACACGUUUGAGGUUAGCGAGGGUACCAAUCAAGUCCAAGCUACACGUAGAAAUGAAAAAGAGAUCGGAAAUCUUGGCAAGGACUGCGUGCAGUCUGAUCCUUUACAUGAUAAGAACCGUGAUCAUGAGGGUCAAGCAUUUUUGAUGAAGAAGGAUGCCACUCUGAAGGAAUUAGGAACAGAAAGCGAUGCGUUAGCUGAUCAAAUCUCGUCAGAGCGACGCGCUAGAAAGAGGCAAUGGCAGGACGACGAGAAAUGCAGCGAUGAGGAACUCGAUUUCUCUCGCCUUAGUUCAACGGAGAAUCCUGAAAAGAUGCGUUGUGAUGGUAGUGAAGACGGACGCGAUACGACAGAGCAGACGACACAUCUACGACUAAAUAGUCGUCGUUCUCCAACUGAUGGGUACCGCUUACAACUCUCAAGAGACAUGCAGCUGGUUGCGUCGGCAACGGCCACUCUGAAGAAAGACGGCCGUGAGAAACUUCGAGCGACGCAGAGCGAUUGUAUACCUCUCAGUGAUCGAUGCUUGCGCUCGUUUUCUCGAACAACUGGAAGGUCACCCAUCGAUUUGUCUGACAUUUCAACUCCGUACUUUCAUCACGACGCGUCUCCUUCUAACCUUAGCGACGACUCCAUCGGUAGUAUACGCGAUUGUAGCCAUCAGGCUCCGUCUCGUUAUUCCGGUGAUCUCAAGGAGCGUGUCGACUCUAUCAAACAGAAGGCGGGAUUGGCAAGUUGCGACGUGGACUCGUGGAGUGUCGAUCAAGUGGCGGGCUUUCUCAGUGUGGCGGGUUUUCGGUUUCAGAGCGAUUUGUUUCGACAUCAGCUUAUUAACGGGGAGGCGCUGCUGAGCUUACAGGACCGCCAUCUUGUAGAGAACUUGAAGAUGAAAUUGGGUACGUCGCUGCGGCUGAUGGCUCUAAUACAGUGUCUGAUGAUGAUUAUUACAAUGCUGUGCUGAUUGAGGGAAAGAAAUUGAUAAAGUUUAUUGCAACUGGAAGGUAUACAAGGCUUUAGUGCACUGCUUGUUGCUCUUAUCUAGACUUACUCAAUGCUGAUGGUGUUGGCAUUUGUAGACAUGGUUCAGUUCUUCUGAGAGAAUAGCUACAGUUAUUUCAGCAAACUUCUCAUUAGAGCAAUGGCAACAAAUUUUAGAAUUAUUAGCCAAUUUGUUAUUACAUGCAUGAGUGUCUGCA